AAUGAGGCGGUCGUGGAAGGCACCUUAUCAGUCCAGCCACAAGCCAAUGCAGUCAGGAACUUCAAAGAAUACUUCACAAAUCUUACCGUCGAAACUAACACAAGGAAUCCUUGGUUUUAUGAAUAUUGGGAAGACCACUUCAAAUGCAAGUACAUCAACAAGCCCUACACAAUAUUGGGAAGACCACUUCAAAUGCAAAAGGAGGUGGAGGGCGAGAGCUGCUGCUGGCACUGUCUCAAGUGCACUGAUUAUCAGAUUGUGGUUGACGAUCGCUGUGACACCUGCCCUCAGUUCCAGCUGCCCUCGGCCGACCAGACGCAGUGCGUGCACAUCCCGGAGGUAUACAUCACACUGAGUUCUUGGAACGCCAUCCUGCCGAUGCUGUUCGCGUCGGCAGGCGUGGUGGCCACGACGCUGGUAUACAUCACACUGAGUUCUUGGAACGCCAUCUUGCCGAUGCUGUUCGCGUCGGCAGGCGUGGUGGCCACGGCGCUGGUAGCGUGGGUGUUCGUGAGCCACAACAACACGCCCGUAGUCAAGGCGAGCGGCCGCGAGCUCUCAUAUGUGCUCUUAUCUGGCGUCUUCCUCGCGUACUGCAUGACAUUUGUUUUCGUGCUCAAGCCAACGGCCGUUGUUUGUGGAGCACAAAGAUUAGGCCUGGGGUUGUGCUUCACGAUGAUUUAUUCGGCCAUCCUCACAAAAACGAACCGAAUAGCUCGGAUAUUCAACAGCUGCAAAAAGACGACCAAGAGGCCUUCAUUUAUCUCGCCAACCUCGCAGCUGUGCAUCUGCGCCGCCAUGGUCGUCUGUCAGAUUUUCAUCAUCACAAUCUGGAGUCUCCUGAACUACCCAGCAGCCGUACACUUCGGCGUCAGCCGCGACGAAAACUUUCUCGUGUGCAGCGGCAGCGUCAACGUCUCGUACCUCAUCGCAUUCGCUUUCCCUAUGUCCAUCAUCUUGAUCUGCACGAUCUAUGCCUGGAAGACGCGCAAGAUCCCCGAGUCUUUCAACGAGAGCAAAUACAUCGGCUUCACGAUGUACACGACGUGUGUGCUGUGGAUAGCAUUCCUGCCCAUCUACUACUCCACCAGCAACGACAACUUGCGUUUCAGCGACCUUGCUAGUUCCUUCAGCGAAUAG